UAUUCACCACCUUCUCCUUUUCUGUGUGGGAAAACUUGACACUCGUUGAAUUACUUGCCCCCUUUCUCCUCUUCGUUGCCAUCUCCCUCUCCCUUAACCAUCGGCGAUACAUCUGUCUAUUUACCUCUGCAACUCGUCCCAAGCCCCUGUAUUUGCAGAACCAAUCAAUCGUUUUCCAUCAUGAAGGCCCUCAUUCUUGUUGGUGGCUUCGGGACUCGUCUACGACCUCUUACUCUCACUCUCCCGAAGCCUCUGGUCGAAUUCGGAAACAAGCCUAUGAUUCUCCAUCAAGUAGAAGCAUUGGCUGCAGCUGGCGUCACAGACAUCGUUUUGGCUGUCAAUUACCGCCCAGACGUCAUGAUUAGCGUCUUGAAGAAGUAUGAAGAGGAGUACAAAGUAUCAAUUACCUUCUCCAUCGAGACCGAACCAUUAGGGACUGCUGGUCCUUUGAAGCUUGCAGAGAAGAUUCUUGGCAAAGAUGAUUCUCCAUUCUUUGUCCUCAACUCAGAUGUUAUUUGCGAUUAUCCCUUCCACCAACUUGCCGAGUUCCACAGGUCGCAUGGCCAAGAAGGGACUAUUGUGGUUACAAAGGUCGAGGAGCCUUCCAAGUAUGGUGUGGUGGUUCAUCAGCCAGGUCACGCAUCAAGGAUCGAUCGCUUCGUCGAGAAGCCCGUUGAGUUUGUUGGCAACAGAAUCAAUGCCGGUAUCUACAUCCUCAACCCCUCCGUCUUGAACCGAAUAGAGCUCUGCCCUACUUCCAUCGAGCAAGAAACCUUCCCUGCCAUUGUUAAAGAUGGCCAAUUGCACUCCUUUGACCUUGAGGGAUUCUGGAUGGAUGUAGGCCAGCCCAAAGAUUUCCUUACCGGAACCUGCCUCUACCUCUCAUCUCUUACCAAGAGGAACUCGAAACUUCUUACCCCCGCAGCAGAGCCGUUUGUCUAUGGAGGCAACGUCCUCAUCGAUCCGUCAGCGGUAAUUGGGAAGAACUGUCGUAUCGGGCCAAAUGUCACAAUCGGGCCAAAUGUCACUGUUGGUGAUGGUGUGAGAAUCCAGAGAUCUGUCAUCCUAAAAGAGAGUAGGAUAAAGGAUCACGCUUGGAUCAAGAGCACCAUCGUUGGUUGGAAUAGCACUGUAGGAAAAUGGGCACGUCUAGAGAAUGUAACUGUUCUCGGUGACGAUGUCACAGUUUCCGAUGAAGUAUACGUAAAUGGUGGCUCUGUGUUACCGCACAAGACCAUCAAGGCCAAUAUUGAUAGUACGUUACCCAUGUGAAGUCUCCGUUGGGAAUCUGUUUUACUAACAUGAGUUUUUAGUUCCGGCCAUUAUCAUGUAAAAGUGCCUAUCAUCUUUUGGCUUCACGCGACUUUGAAGCGGUUUCAUGAUUCCUUGGAUUGGGGUAUUAGGGAAUACAAUCUCUACUCUUCUGUUUUGGAUAUGGUUAACGUUAUUUAAUCAACAUUUGAAAAUAAGAGA